AACUAUCUCACUUUCUUCUCUCUUUGCGUCCUUCUUCACCCCCCCCCCCGUUGCUGUUGCUGUUGUUGAUCCCGUCCGCGGACCUCCAACAACAAAUUCGGCCGGCUCCUUCAACCACUACACUCGUUCAUCGUUCGGUUGUCUGACCACUUGUCCUGUUGACGUCUGCGCCCCUUUGAGAUCGCGACCGCCCAAUUCUCUCCUCACCCGAAUAGCAACACAUCGCAAUCGCAACAAUGGCUGAAGAUAAGGUUCGCGUGUCGGGGGACCUGGCAAGGCCUUCUGGCGCGCCUGUCCUGCCAACCGUCAAUCCUGACGCAGAGAAGAGAGCACCUUCAAAAGAGGCUGGAAUACCUGCUGCCUUCUACGUCAUUUUCUGGAUCUCCCUUAGCGGAGGUGUUAUUCUCUUUAACAAGUGGAUCUUGUCUACCCUUGGUUUUCAUUACCCUAUCCUCCUGACAGCAUGGCAUCUCAUCUUCUCUACCAUCAUGACGCAGAUCUUGGCACGCACGACCACCCUCCUUGACGGCCGAAAGAAGAUCAAGAUGACUGGUCGCGUCUACCUUAGAGCUAUCGUCCCUAUUGGUGUUGCAUUCAGCCUAAGUUUGAUGUGCGGUAACCUGACAUACCUGUAUCUGAGUGUCUCGUUCAUCCAAAUGCUCAAGGCCACUACCCCAGUCGCGGUCCUCCUUACCAGUUGGAUGCUCAGGGUCGAGGAGGUCAACUUCAUGAAACUCUUCAAUGUCUCCUUCAUCGUUCUCGGUGUUGUUAUUGCAUCUUUCGGCGAGAUCGACUUCGUGCUGAUCGGUUUCUUGUACCAAAUCGGAGGCAUUAUGUUCGAGGCUAUCAGAAUCAACUUGGUCCAAACCCUGUUGAACGGCGCUGAGUACAAGAUGGACCCUCUUGUAUCUCUGUACUACUUUGCCCCUGUCUGUGCGGUUAUGAACACGAUUGUGGCCAUGUUCUGGGAGAUCCCACAGGUCACUAUGUCGGAGGUUUAUGCAGUCGGCAUCUGGACCUUUGUUGCAAACGCAGCCUGUGCCUUCAUGCUGAACGUCGCAGUGGUCUUCUUGAUCGGCAAAACCUCUGGUCUCGUCCUCACACUCUGCGGUGUCCUUAAGGAUAUUCUUCUCGUCAUUGCCUCUGUCCUCAUCUGGGGUACUAUGAUCAGCCGUCUUCAAAUGUUCGGAUACACAAUCGCUCUCCUUGGUAUGCUCUGGUUCAAGUUCGGAAAGGAGAAGGUAAAGGAGUUCUUGGCGAAUGGAAACCGCGCAUGGGCUGAAUUGGGUGCCAACCGUCCGGUUCUUCGAAAAAUCAUCGUGCUCGCACUGGUCCUUGUCACGGCCUUUGUGCUGCUUGGCGGCUUAGCCCCAACCUAUGCUCCUGCCUACGACCCCAAGGAAUACAUCAACGCUGCGAAGAGCGCCGUGAGCGGCGUUUAAACACUUUUCGCGCCUCGCAGAAGCUCCUUAGCCUCUGCGAUGGAAGGUUGGCUUGGAGAUAUUAAUUGUAAUCCUGAAUUCCUGGCCCUCCAGAAAUAGUCAGGUUGGAUGAUGCGGAUGGGCUAUUUGGCUCCUCCAUACGAUUCGCGUACAUAAUUUGACCUUCGAAACUUUGUUUGAUUCAUUCAUUCAUGUGUCAUUUUCUUUUACUGGCAUUUGAUUUGCGGCAUUCCAGGUGCGCUUCAUGUGUUGGGCUUGAAGUUGGGGAACUUGGGCCUUAUUAUAGAUGGGCGGGAGUUUUUCUGCUUGGGUGUACAGUAGG